CUCCGUCCCCCGCCGGGCCCCCGCCGCGCACCCUGUCGUCGGGGCGGCCGGGGCCCGGAGCCCCCGCUCGGCCUCCCGCGGCCCGUCGUCUCCUCAGGCCCGGCCUCACCGCCCGCGCUGCAGCCCCGACGCCCGGCGCCAUGAAGAUCAAGGAUGCCAAGAAGCCAUCUUUCCCAUGGUUUGGCAUGGACAUUGGGGGAACCCUCGUGAAGCUCGCGUAUUUUGAGCCUAUUGAUAUCACAGCAGAGGAGGAGCAGGAAGAAGUUGAAAGUUUAAAAAGUAUCCGGAAAUAUCUGACUUCCAACGUUGCCUAUGGAUCCACUGGCAUUCGGGACGUCCAUCUGGAGUUGAAGGACUUGACGCUCUUUGGCCGAAGAGGGAACUUGCACUUUAUCAGAUUCCCAACCCAUGACCUGCCUACUUUUAUCCAAAUGGGAAGAGAUAAAAACUUCUCAACACUACACACAGUGCUGUGCGCCACUGGAGGUGGUGCUUACAAGUUUGAAAAAGAAUUCCGUACAAUUGGAAAUCUCCAGCUGCACAAACUGGAUGAAAUUGAUUGCCUUGUAAAGGGCUUAAUGUAUAUAGAUUCCGUCAGUUUUAAUGGACAGGCGGAGUGCUAUUAUUUUGGCAAUGCCUCAGAACCCGAAAGAUGCCAAAAGAUGCCUUUUAACCUAGAUGACCCUUACCCGCUGUUGGUUGUAAACAUUGGUUCUGGAGUCAGCAUUUUAGCGGUCCACUCCAAGGACAACUAUAAAAGGGUGACAGGAACAAGCCUUGGAGGAGGUACUUUCUUAGGUUUAUGCAGUUUGUUGACUGGCUGUGGAAGUUUUGAAGAAGCUCUUGAAAUGGCAUCCAAAGGCGACAGCACACAAGCAGACAAAUUGGUCCGGGAUAUUUAUGGAGGAGACUAUGAAAGAUUUGGCUUGCCAGGAUGGGCUGUAGCAUCUAGUUUUGGAAAUAUGAUUUACAAGGAGAAACAAGAAUCUGUUAGUAAAGAAGAUCUGGCGAGAGCCACUUUAGUUACUAUCACUAAUAACAUUGGCUCCAUAGCACGGAUGUGUGCUGUUAAUGAGAAAAUUAACAGAGUUGUCUUUGUUGGAAACUUUUUACGAGUCAAUACUCUGUCGAUGAAACUUCUGGCCUAUGCACUGGAUUACUGGUCAAAAGGCCAGCUGAAAGCAUUGUUUCUAGAACAUGAGGGCUACUUUGGAGCAGUUGGGGCUCUCCUUGGGAUGCCAAAUUUCAGCUAAAACAUCAGAAGUCACUAUCUCAUCAAGGCCAUCCAGGUAGAACAAAAAACACAUUCUUUAAGGUGAUGGGAACCAAAGGAAGAAAAGAAAAAAAAAAACCCAGCAGUGCUGCUUUUUUUUUCUUGGUGUGCAUAUGUGUCUUAAAAUGUUAAGUUGCUGUAAAUUGCCAUAUUAAAGUGAGAUAUUGGUAAUGUGUAAAAGCA